UUACUGAAUGGAUUUCAGUGUUGUAGCCAUUCUACAGUAAGUACAGCAAGAUUCUUUGUGAAAAAGCGAAAGGAGGAAAAAAGGUAGUAGAAAUCAUUUGUGGAUGUUCGUCAGAGCAGAGUACCUGCACCAAUGACAGACAGGCUUUCCUCGAGAAACAAAUCAUGACAACAAACACUGCUGUUCAGAGGAGCCAGAAUCUCCCCAAAAGACGCCUAGAAAGUGUAGGGGAGUGUCCUGCAAAACGGAAAGCUAGCUGGGGUAUUCUGACCAGCCAAGAUUGAAAGAAAUGAGUAGGAUUUAUAAUUGCAAUUGGCUGGAAGUGCCAUGGGGAGAUGGAGAUUUAGGUUCUUGGGCAGAUCGCUCACCUCUGCAUGAGGCAGCCAGUCAAGGACGUCUUCUUUCUCUAAGGACUUUAUUGUCACAGGGAUACAAUGUAGACACACUAACAAUUGACCAAGUAACUCCACUCCAUGAAGCCUGUCUGGGAGAUCAUGUAGGAUGUGCAAGAAUCCUCCUUGAAGCAGGAGCAAAUGUAAAUGCUACCACAAUUGAUGGAGUGACACCUUUAUUUAAUGCCUGUUCGAGAGGCAGUGCAGCAUGUGCCGAGCUCCUGUUACAGUAUGGUGCCAAAGCUCAAUGGGAGUCCUGUCUGCCAUCACCAACACAUGAAGCAGCCAGCAGAGGUCACAGUGAAUGUCUGGAGGUACUGAUAUCCUGGGGUAUAGAUGUUGACCAAGAUCUUCCUCAUUUAGGAACCCCUCUGUAUGUAGCUUGUGUUUCACAGCAGAUCCAUUGUAUUCGAAAGCUUCUUUAUGCAGGUGCCAAUGUGCAGAAAGGAAAGAAUUUGCAAACUCCACUCCAUGCUGCUGCCCAGCAUUCUAGUACAGAGAUUGUAAACUUACUCCUCGAAUUUGGGGCAGACAUAAAUGCCAAAAAUUCAGAUUUUGAGAGGCCUGUUGAUUUAGCUGCCCCAAGCAGUUUAGUGGAGAGACUGCUGCUCUUCCAUGAAGCCACACCAUCUUCUCUUUGUCAGCUCUGCCGACUAUGUAUCCGAAAUUACAUAGGAAGAGCUAGACUGCAUCUUGUUCCACAGCUCCAGUUGCCAACAAUACUUAAGAAUUUCUUACAGUACAGAUAACAUAGUAAUUAACUGUUAGAAACUUAAAUACAGCAAGUACAUUUUCUUCUCUCUGUUUAUUGUAUGUUUUAUCUAAAGAACUGCUGGGCGGAAAAAAAAAAAGCCUUUUGCAUAUUGCUUAAAAAAAUUGUAUCUUUGACACCUGGUGUUGGUAAUGUAAUAGUAAUUGGGAGCCAUUCAGCAACUAGUGCCAAGGUGCUAAUCCAGCUGAAUUAAAUAAGUGUGCUGAUACUCUGGGACAUGAUUGUAUAAUUUUAUCUUAACCCUUACUAGCUUUAGUGCUGUUAACUUUAAUUGUGUUUAUGUUUUUAAAAUCUGUUUGACACACCUGAACCACAAAGAGUUUCUUCAUUAUUAUUUGUUAAGUUUGUCCAUUUGUAUUUUUAAAUUUCUGUUGUUUGUGUACCUAAAAAUAUUUGGUGAUGGGUGCACUAUAUGCAUUGAUAAAAAUAAAACAGUUAGACUUUGAUUCCUUUUCUUUAUAUAAACAAUUCAUUAAUCACAGUGAGGAGCUUCCUUUACUCUUCCUCAUUGCCUGUGCUGUGAAUUGUAAUUAAACUGAUGUGAACACAAACUUAA